GCUCUUCGGAUCCCCAGGUUUUAAAAACCUUCGGCUCCCCCUGCGCCCGUUGCGAAUUCAAAUUUCGAAUCCUAUUCCUCCCCACGCUCCGCCCUCCUCCUCCUGCACCUCCUGCAUCGAAACCCUAACGUCGAGUCCUCCUCCUCCUCCUCCUCCUCCUCCUCUUGGGCCUCCCAGCAUGAGCGCCGCCGCCGCCGCGCCAGCCGCCAUGGGCAGCGGCAAGGAGCUCGCCAACCCUCCGACGGACGGGAUCUCCAACCUCCGCUUCUCCAACCACAGCGACCACCUCCUCGUCUCCUCCUGGGACAAGACGGUGCGUCUCUACGACGCGGAGGCGAACGUGCUCAAGGGCGAGUUCGUGCACGCCGGGGCCGUGCUCGACUGCUGCUUCCACGACGACUCCUCGGGGUUUAGCGCCGGCGCCGAUCACACCGUGAGGAGGUUAGUAUUUGGUUCAGCAAAAGAAGAUCUUUUGGGACGACAUGAUGCUCCUGUUCGCUGUGUGGAGUACUCUUAUGCUGCAGGUCAAGUCAUCACUGGCAGCUGGGAUAAGACUAUUAAAUGUUGGGAUCCAAGAGGCGUAAGUGGACCAGAGCGUACACUUGUUGGGACAUAUACUCAACCUGAGCGAGUAUAUUCUUUGUCAUUAGUUGGGAAUAGGUUGGUUGUUGCUACGGCUGGAAGGCAUGUCAAUAUUUAUGAUUUGCGUAAUAUGUCUCAACCUGAGCAAAAGAGGGACUCUUCUUUGAAGUAUCAAACACGUUGUGUUCGAUGUUUCCCCAAUGGAACGGGAUAUGCUCUGAGUUCUGUCGAAGGACGAGUUUCUAUGGAAUUCUUUGAUCUAUCUGAAUCUGCUCAAUCUAAAAAGUAUGCUUUCAAGUGUCAUCGGAAGUCAGAAGCUGGCCGGGACACCGUUUAUCCUGUCAAUGCAAUUGCAUUCCAUCCAAUAUAUGGUACAUUUGCCACCGGUGGGUGUGAUGGAUUUGUGAAUGUAUGGGAUGGCAUUAACAAGAAAAGACUAUAUCAGUAUUCGAAGUAUGCGUCAAGCAUAGCUGCUUUGUCAUUUAGUAAGGAUGGACACCUGCUUGCUGUGGCAUCCAGCUACACUUACGAAGAGGGAGAAAAAUCCCAUGAACCCGAUGCAAUAUUUAUCCGGUCGGUGAAUGAAGUGGAAGUAAAGCCGAAGCCCAAGGCACUGGCAGCACCAUAGAAUCGUUUGUCAUUUCACGACAGGGGUAGUCGUGUGGUUAGAUGUGUAUGGUGAGAGUUAAUCGUCAUUCAGAUUAGUAUUUAUGUCGUGUCAUGUCAACCCACACAUGUUGACGAAAUUCCUUGUUUAUGUUGAAGGGGAUGGUUAACAUCUAACUCUGUUGCAUCUGCUUGUGCAUUUCACUGGGAACAUAUGCUUACAUGUUGAUGUAUUCCAGAUUAUUGUAUAUUUAGUACCAUUACCUUGUUUGUUUAUUUUCUUUUUUGUGUGGGAUGUUAUGUGAGCUGUCUGGUUGAAGAUGUCUCUGGAUAAAAAUGUUAUGUAGUUAAAGUCUUCAGAAGUUCCAAGCUGAACUACUGGGACCUUUUGACUGUUUUCAAAUUUCAUGGCAGAAGGCCCUCUAACUGCCCUGCAUUUCAUUAAGAUUGAAGCAUAGCUAAAGUACAUUUUACGAAGACCAUGUAAAUAAAGAAAAUUAUCUUGAGUA